AAAAAUUUGCUGAUCAGAAUCCAAAAAUCAGCUGUGUUUCCUGAUCUGGGUUUGCCAGUCAGAUUUAUUUCGGUGUGUAGUUUCGGGUAGAAGAAUUAUAAUAACAGUACUCGUACAGUACUUUAGAAGAAUAAGGCACUGCAUUUCAGUUCAGUUUGCCACCGCUGGCAUAAUCUAAAUUGUUUUGCCAAUAUUGUAGGUUAUCGAUGUAAAAAUCCGUGGUGCAGAUUCUAUCAGCUGUUUGAUCACAGAUUGCAGACUGCAGAAUAGGGCAAUCUGAGGGACCCUUGGAGUGGACUGUGAGAAAAGUUUGGCUUCUGCAAGAACGUAAACCUCGUUUGUGGAUUUGUUUUAUGGGCUUGAUUCUGCUGUUCGGGAUUGGGGUUCUUGUUGUUUCAUUACUGGAGAUUACGCGCGACUUCAGCGGCUCACUCUCGUCAUCACAAAUCGCCCGCAGUGCAAAUUUUCGAAGAUGUAGGCAUAUAAUUUGUUAUUAUUAAAGAACCAGCGAUCUCCCCGGAGUACGGAUUGAUCCACAAAGACUGACUAAAUUUACGUUUUGUGCUGUGUGAGCUCACAUUUUCCUCUAACGAUGGACACCCGUAAUCUGGAUCUGGAUGAUUAUGAGGCUCUGCCUCCGUCGGCCAGCACUACGGCGCAGAUGUGUGCGGGUGCCAUGGCCGGAAUUAUGGAGCACUGUAUUAUGUAUCCUGUGGAUUCUGUCAAGACAAGAAUGCAGAGUAUUCGUUUAGCCGGAGUCUACCGCGGUACCUACGACGCUCUGAUCAAAAUGGUCACCACCGAAGGAGUCUUCCGUCCCGUACGCGGUAUUCAGGCCGUUUUCGUGGGAGCUGGUCCGGCGCAUGCCAUGUACUUCGCUUGCUACGAGAACAUGAAGAUAGUAUUAGAGAAGCAAUUAGGACACGGUCCUACCGCGCACGGUAUCGCCGGAUGUACGGCCGCUGUACUGCACGAUGCAGUGAUGAAUCCCGCCGAAGUGGUCAAGCAGCGCAUGCAGAUGUUCGGCAGUUCCUACAAGAGCUGCAUGCAGUGCUUUGCCCGAAUCUGGGCUACUGAGGGACCGCGUGCCUUCUACCGGAGCUAUCUGACCCAGCUGACCAUGAACGUGCCUUUCCAGGCAAUUCAUUUCAUGGUGUACGAGCAGAUGCAGGAUGCCAUGAAUCCGCUGCGUCGCUAUGAUCCCCGUUCGCAUGUGAUAUCCGGAGCGGUAGCCGGUGCUGUAGCGGCAGCUAUCACCACACCGUUGGAUGUGUGUAAAACCUUGUUGAAUACGCAGGAGUUGUGCGUGCUCAAGCAGGAUAACACCAUCCGCGGACUCCCGCAGGCCAUGAUGGCCGUCUACCGUUGUUGUGGUUUCCGAGGAUAUUUUCAAGGCCUUCAAGCGAGGGUGAUUUUUCAGAUGCCGUCAACGGCCAUUUCAUGGUCGGUUUAUGAGUUUUUCAAAUAUAUUAUGUCUGCACAAAACGGAUUGAAUAUAGCCUAGAAUGCUUGAAGGAUAAAAUUUUUUAUAGCACUUUUGGGUGAUUUAAUGCAGUGCGUUAUUCAAUAUUCUUAUUUAUAAUUUUGAAACUGAAGAAACUGUAUUAGAGUAAGCAUAUCUGCGCUGGUGGAAUUGGGACGAGUGAAUUGUUGACUGUUACUGGAAGAAGUGUUGCAUUAAAAGCAGAUGAA